AUAACAUCCAGCUUCCAGCUUCUCAUUUUUUCUUUCUUCAUUCCACUAUAUAUAUAUUUUAAAUAUUUGCUCUAUUUUUUAAUUGCACCAGUAAACUUUACAAUUUAACCCAACUUUUAUCCAUGUCAGUUAGAGAUUAUAAUUUCUAUUUUAAAGGCAGCAAUGUAUUGUCUGUAACAAAAUGGGGUGAGCUGAGUAGUAAAGUGCAUACAAUCGAGGAUGCCAUAAAAUACAUUAUAAAAAACAAGCUUUGGAAUUUGGAUAAAAAGGAAAAAAAUCUAGAAUUUAUGAUAAAAGACCUGAUAUUUCAAUUAGGCAAAGGUGAUUAUAUUCACGAACCCCUGGGUAUCAAAUUGAAACUUGCAAACCUAUGCAAAUCAACUACUACACCUAUUGAUAUAAGUAUUAUCAUACCUAAAUUUGCAGCAGUAAAUUAUAAAGGCAACCCAUAUAAAGUCCCGUACACCGAUGAGUCUAGUGAAGGUCAUAUAAGUGUUGUAGCAAAAAAGAUAAUUAAACAUAUAGGUAGUGGGUUGAAGCUAACAUUGAUUGCUCAAGAUGAACAGUGUGAGAACCAACCAUUUAAAAAGUGUUUGGUCACACGAGAGUACAACUGUUGCAUAAACUGAAGAUAUGGAAGUGGAUGCUGAGGUCGAGAAUCGCGAAGCAGGUUUCCACCUGCGUACCGAUUGAUAGGACACUAAUUGAAUCAUGCAGGCGUAAACUAGGGAGGCAUUACAUUGAUGCCCAAACAUGC